AUGAGUGUCGCCGAAUAUGAAGUCCAGUUCACAGAACUAUCCCGUUUUGCUCCUGAAUUGGUGACCACGGAGCAAAGGCGAGUUAGAAGGUUUGUGCAAGGUCUGAAUGUAGAAAUACAGGAAGGUUUAGCUGCUGUAAGGAUUGAUACCUUUGCAGAUGCUGUCGAGAAAGCCCAGAGAGUUGAAGUAGCUCGGGCUCAAGUGAAAUCUUUUCAGGCUAAGAAGAGAUUUGCUCCUAGCAGUAGUCGGGAGCCGACUUAUGGAAAUACUCCACCGGCCAAAAUGGGCCGAGGAACCCUUGGGGCGAAUAACCCUGGAGCAUCACGACGCGCCCAAGCAAGAGGAAACGGGGCCAGGAAUGCAGGGGGACGGAAUAAUGGAACCCGAGUGGGACCGAUUGGAAGGGGACAACCCAGGAAUACCUCACAAGGAGGCCGAGCAAUAGUUUCCCAAGUAAGUUGUACAUUUUGUAAGAAACCUGGCCAUACUAUAGAUGGUUGCUGGAAGAAGCAAGGGAAGUGCUUGAGAUGCGGAAGUGGCGAGCACCAAAUUGCUGGAUGUCCAAAAAUGCAGGAAGGGGGUAAUCCAAAUGCUAGGCCAAACACUUCUGGAGGGAGCCGGCCAACAGUUCCUGCCAGGGUGUAUGCUAUAGAUGACCAACCUGUACCUGAUUCCUCGGAAGUCGUGGAAGGUACUCUCCCCAUUUUUCAUCGAUUAGCUAAAGUGUUAAUUGACCCUGGUGCAACACAUUCAUUCGUAAAUCCAUCAUUUAUGUCUGGAAUAGAUGUGAGACCUGUUAGAUUACCCUUCGAUCUUGAAGUUAAGACACCAAUGGGUAAUAAGAGGAUAAUCGCUAGCUUAGCUUAUAAGAAUUGUGAAUUCUGGAUUGGAGAGCGUAAAACGCUAGUGGAUCUAGUCAGUUUGGACAUAAAAUGGUACGAUGUUAUCAUAGGAAUGGAUUUCCUAGCCCAGUAUCAUGCUAAGCUUGAUUGCCGAGCGAAAGUGGUGGAAUUAUGUAUCCCUGGAGAAGCAACCCUGAGGUUAGAUGUCAAGGGUAGGUUAGCCUCAUCUGCUAUGAUUUCAGGGAUACGGGCAAGGAAAAUGUUGUCAAAAGGAGCUCAAGGUUUCUUAGUUUUCAUGAUUAAUGCUCCCAGUGAUCAAACGAAGUUGGAAGAUGUACCAGUGGUACAAGAAUUUUCGGAUGUUUUUCCUGAGGAGCUAAAGACUUUACCGCCAGAUAGAGAAGUGGAAUUUAAAAUUGACUUGGUGCCUGGAACGGCUCCAAUUUCUAAAACUCCGUAUCGGAUGGCUCCUGCCGAGCUGAAGGAGUUGAAGAUUCAAUUGCAAGACCUCUUGGAGAAAGAGAGUCUUUAA